CUUCAGCCACUAUGGCCACUCUUUGCAGCUGGGUUUUUAGUAAUCCGCGAAUGGUAUAAAAUAAAAACAAAAUGGACCGCAGCAAAGGCAGCGGCUCGAACAGGUCUCAAAAGAAGGUUCCGCUGGGCGGGGAGCUCUUCGCACUCGGCACCAAGGCCGUUCGCGAUGACUCCAAGUCCAAGAUCCUGCCCAUCAAGGCCAUUUCCUCGUCGGACCGCAAGCGCGAAGCCUCCUCCUCGCUGGCCAGCUCCAGCAAGCGGUUCCGGGGCAACCUGAAGGAGGGCGGCGCCACGGACAUCUCCUCCGGCAGCAGUCAGUGCGAGACCUGGGAGCAGUUCGCCAUCGACUGCGACCUGGAGACGGUGAUCGAGACCAUAUACGCGGCGUUGGAGCAAAACGACAACGAGACCGUGGGCCGGCUGGUCUGCGGCGUUAUAAAACAGACAACGACGACGAGCUCGUCGCGCUCCAAGGUGGAUAACAUAGCCCUGCUGGCCCUGAUCUACGUGGCCAAACUGCAGCCGAGCAUAUUCUGCACGGAUAUAGUGGCCUGCGCCCUGUUAUCCUUCCUGCGGCGGGAGGCCAACGUGAAAAUGAGGUACAACACGAAUCUGCACAUCCUGUUUGCCAAUCUGCUAACCCGGGGAUUCAUGGAGACAUCGCAGUGGCCGGAGAUACUGCUGCGCACCUACAUAGACGAUGCGGUCAACGAGCGCUACUGGGCGGACAAUGAGUUGUGUGCUCCUCUCGUGAAAAACAUAUGUGCUGCUUUCAAAACGCGCACACCACACAUAAGUCUUCUCCGCUGUGACGUGAGCACGGCUCUUCCGUCGGGCCAGACGCACAGGGACAGCAUGACUGUGGACGACGACUCCGGGGACAAUUCCACUCAGAGCCUGGACGCCAGUCCACUGAAUACCGAAUCGGAACCCAUUUCGGAUGCCAUGUGCGCCACUAAGCCCAGGUUCAGCGAUUCUGUGGUGCAAAGGCAUGUCAGCGAUGCCAUUCGCGAUCAGCUAAACAAGCGCCAACAGCAGGACAACUACACCAGGAACUUCCUUAAGUUCCUCUGCACCACUUCCGGCAUUGCAGAGGUGCGGUGCCUGAGCAUCUCCCGGCUGGAGCUUUGGAUCCACAACGGAAAGCUGGUCAAGUUUGCCCAGCAACUGCUCUCGUACAUCUGCUUCAACAUCAAGGGACGCAACACGCAGGACAACGAAGUGCUCUUGGUCCUGGUGAAGAUGCGUCUUAAAACCAAGCCCCUGAUCAACCACUAUAUGUCGUGCCUGAAGGAGAUGAUCUAUCUGCAGCCAGACAUCUUGAGCACUGUGAUGAAGCUGGUCGUGCAAAAUGAACUAUCGAACACCAGGAAUCCGAAUAAUAUGGGGAUGUUGGCCACAAUGUUUCAAACAUCUUCUGACCAAUCUGCGGCCAACCUGGCUGAAAUCUACCAAGAAUUUCUUCUCCAGCGGGACGAUUGCCUACGCACCUUGCGUGUCUUUUUAAGGGAGCUUGUGCGGAUGCUGCGCUUUGAUGUGAACCUGGUGAAAUUUUGCAAGACAUUUCUGAGUGAGCGGGAAGACCUCACCCCACAAAUUGAAAUGUUCGAGUUCAAGGAGCGAAUUUUCCACUCCAUGGUGGACAUUGUGUGCCUCUGCAUGUUUCUGUCGGCCACGCCGCAGGCUAGGGAAGCCAGUUUGUCGCUGAAGACCAAUCGGGAUACGAAAAACAACCAUGCGCUGCUCAAGCUGUACAACCAGAUGUCGCAGAUUCAACUUGACACGGUAUCCUGGAUGUACGAAACAGUGCCGACCGUCUUCAAAAUUCCGGCAGCCGAGUAUCACCAGGCGCUGCACAAGCUGCUGCUGCUGGACAGUCCGGAGCAGUAUUCGCGCUGCGAUCAGUGGCCGUCGGAGCCAGAGCGCGGAGCAAUUUUGAGGAUCAUCUCCGAGACUCCAAUUCACGAGGAGACCUUGUUGCGUAUCAUAUUGAUAGGGAUUACCAAGGACAUUCCCUUCUCCAUUGCGAACACCUUCGAUGUCCUCCUGCUGGUCAUCAAGCGAGUUUCCGGCAUGAAAGCCACCAAUAUACCGGCUGUGCAGGCCAAUAAAUUCGACAUCAUAGACUUUCUGUUCAGCAUGUCGGAAUACCAUCAUCCAGAGAACAUCCGAUUACCCUCGGAUUACGAGCCACCCAAGCUGGCUAUCAUCGCGUUCUACUGGAAGGCCUGGCUCAUUUUGCUCAUGAUAUCCGCACACAAUCCCUCGACGUUCGGAGCCUUUUGCUGGGAUCACUAUCCCACAAUGAAGAUGAUGAUGGAAAUUUGCAUCACCAAUCAGUUUAACAAUUCGGCAGCAAACAAGGAUGAGUUGCAGAUAAUCACCGUGGAGAGGGAUCACAUUCUGCAGUUCGAAACCUACUUGGCUGCCCAAACGUCGCCCCAUGCAGUCAUUACAGAGGAGACUGCGAUUCUGAUCACCCAGCUCAUGCUGAUGGAUCCGAUGGGCACGCCGCGCAAAGUGCCCUCCAUGGUGCUGGAUCAGCUGAAGUUUCUCAAUCAGACCUACAAGCUGGGCCACUUGUUCUGUCGCUGCCGCAAGCCGGACUUAUUGCUGGACAUAAUCCAGAGGCAGGGCACCACGCAAUCCAUGCCCUGGCUUUCCGACCUGGUUCAGAACAGCGAGGGCGACUUCAGCCAUCUUCCGGUGCAGUGUCUGUGCGAAUUUCUGCUCUUCAAUGCCCACAUCAUCAACGAGGAAAACAGUCGCGAUGCCGAGCUGGUCAACUUCCUCCGAAAUCUGAUAUUCGAUGGAAAUCUUAGCCACCAAAUCGUUUGUGAGCUGUUGGACUACAUAUUUAGACGCUUAUCGUCCACGGUCAAACAAUCGCGGGUGGCUGCCUUGUCGGGACUGAAGAUCAUCUUUAGGCACUCCGGAGACUUUGAAAACGAGUGGCUUUUGAAGUCGAUCCAGCAAAUUCCCCACUUCUUCGAGGUCAAACCCUUCAUUAUUCCCCAGCUUCGAGCUGCCUGCCAAGUGGAGAAUUGCCCAGAGUUGAUUAUGGCCUACAUUCAGUUCAUUACUGCCCACACGCUGAAUGAUCCAGUGAAUGAAAUGCUCGAUCAUGUCAUCGAUAUGGCGCAGCUGAUUGUCGAGCGCAGCACGAUGUUUCAGCACAUCAUUAUUUCCCAGGAGGAUUAUGAUUACGUUCCCGACGAGAACCGCAUUCAGACACUUAAGUGCCUUUUUGUCAUGUUUAAUAACUAUAUUAUCAAGCUGAGGGAGUACCAUGAACCGUACGAGUGGACCGAGUAUCCGGACUUGCUGAUGGUUCAGUUUGACGAUGGAGUGCAGCUGCCCCUCCACAUAAACAUAAUUCACGCCUUCAUCAUUCUACUAACAUACUCGAACAGCAACAUGCCCGAAUCGAUACCCAUAUUGGAUUAUUGGUUCCCGCCCGGACGACCGGCUCCCGUGGCCUUUUUGCCCAGCAUGCCUCAGGAGCAGGUUCAACUGCUGCCCGACUGGCUAAAGCUGAAGAUGAUACGCUCCUCGGUGGACAGACUGAUUGAGGCCGCCCUCAACGACCUGACGCCCGAUCAGAUUGUGCUGUUUGUGCAGAACUUUGGCACGCCGGUCAACUCGAUGUCCAAGCUGCUGGCCAUGCUGGACACCGCUGUACUGGAGCAGUUCGACCUGGUAAAGAAUGCCAUUCUCAACAAGGCAUAUCUGGCGCAGCUGAUUGAAAUCCAGCAGGCCCGGGGUGCCAAGAAUGGACACUACACCGUGCAGGCGCUCGAUUUGCAUUCUCACUCGCAGACCGUGCCGGAUCUGCCCAAAAUCAGUGUGGUCAUCCAGGAGACCGUGGAGAUAGGCGACUACGAUACCCUGGACUCAAGCAGUUGUCCGACCGAUUUCCUGGCCACCAAAGAGGUUGCCCAAACGAUUCUCACGCAACCAGAUCACCUGACCGCUGCGAGGAGUGACUGCCGAUCUCUGAUUCAGAAACUACUGGACAUGCUGGCCAGCCCGAGUAGCAAUCGAAGCGAUGUGGUCACUGCUAUAACCGAGGUGAUAGCUGUGGGUUGCGAUGUUAUUAUGAGCCGGCAUGCCUGCACUUUUUUGCGGACCUUCUUCAGUUGCAUGCUACACAGCGACAAGUACCACAUUCUGGAGAACACUCUGCAAAAGAAUUUUAGUAUUUUCAAGCACAGUUAUACCGACUCCAGCCUGCUGCAAAGAACCGAACUGUAUCACGAGAGCUUGGUUUUCAUGUUGAGAAAUUCCCGAGAGAUUUACGUGAAGCAGUUUAAGGCGAACACCGCGUUGGUGGCACGAAAGCGAAUCGUCAGGGGCAUCAUCAAAAGCUUCGAUCAGACCAAGGACCGCAAUACAGCAUUGGCCAGAAGCAAGAGCGAUCAGCUCUUCCACAACGGGCUCUUCAUCGACUGGCUUUCCGAAGUGGAUCCCGAAAUUGUUUCCACGCAGCUGUUGAAGGAGCGAUUCCUAUUCUCAAAGUCCUGCAGCGAGUUUAGGUUCUAUCUGCUGUCCUUGAUUAAUCACCAAACCAACUGGGACACGAUCGAAAGGAUUGCCGAGUAUUUGUUCAAAAAUUACCACGAAGACUACGACUACGCCACGGUUCUUAACUAUUUCGAGGCGCUGACUACCAAUCCAAAGCUGUGGAAGGGUCGCGAGAAGUACAUGUCCAAGAACGUUCGGCCAGAUGCCUUCUUUCUACUCAAGACCUCGGAACUGGAACCGUUUGCCUAUUUCAUCCUGCACGAAGGCCUUUCCGAGGUCAAGGUGGAUAGCAGGAACUACGAUUUCAAGCUCUGCUCGCGAAUGAACCUGCUGUUCAAGCUGACAGACAAGCGAAGAGACCUCAUGGUCCGGGUGAUGGAGCAUGUGGAGAACAGUGCCGUUUCCGACUUCUUGAAAUUGCAGGUCCUGCAGCAGAUGUACAUCAUGUACCCGCGCGUCAAGUUCCUAAAACCGAGCCAAACCGGCGAGCAGGCAUACAAAUUGCAAAGUUUGAAAGGCUGCCAGGCCGACAAGGUAUCCAAUAAUCUAAUCACCUGCUUGGGAAGUCUGGUGGGCAAGAAGGAUUUUGAAACCCUGUCCACGGACACGGAGUUGCUCCUGCGCAAGCUAGCUGCCUCGCAUCCGUUGCUCUUCCUUCGACAACUGAGCGUUCUGUCGUCCAUUAUGCAGGGCCGUGCCCAGCUCAGCAUGAAGGCUCUGCGGGAGGAGCACCACUUCCACCGGUUUGUCCAGAUCCUGAGGACACUGGAGCUGCUGCAACCAACCAUCUUCGAGGACGCUUACAAGAACGAGAUACAGAACACGCUGUCGUGCUACUUCAAUUUCUUCAAGCACCACAGCUCGGUGAAGGAGGCCUGCCAAAUGCUGAACAAGUUUGUACAGAUGCUGCAGGCCUACAUCAACUACAAUCCCACGAGUGCCCUGCUCUUUAUCGAGCAGUACGUGGGCAUACUCAAGGAACUGGCUGCCAAGUACACUUCGCUGGGCAAGCUGCAGGUUCUCGUCCAGGCAGUCGCCCUGCUGCAGCACAAGUCGCACUCGGCCACCGAACUCGACGACGAGGAGGUGAAAUACGAGUACGAUCUGGACGAGCACUUCGAGGUGAAGCCAUCGGUCAGCAAACCCGUGGUGCCUGAGGAGCCCGUCGAGGGCAACGCGUCCACUCCCAUCGAAGUGGGCGGCGGCAGAGGCGCUUCGUCGGUGCUUACCUUGGGAUCCUACAGCCGAUCAAACUACUCGGACAUAUCGCCACACUUCCUCGACCUGAUCAAGAUCAUAAAGCAGGCGAACACCGAGGACGUCGUGUUGGGUCCCAUGCAGGAGCUGGAGUGCCUCACCUCCAAGAGAUUUGUGUUUAUCAACGAGCUGUUCGAGCGACUGCUCAACCUGAUCUUCUCGCCGAGUGCCCAGAUCCGGUCCAUCGCCUUCAUCAUCCUGAUCCGGCACCUGAAGCACAAUCCCGGCAACUCGGACAUCAAUCUGUGUACCCUCAACGCCUACAUUCAGUGCCUGCGGGACGAAAACUCCUCGGUGGCGGCGACGGCUAUCGACAAUCUCCCUGAGAUGUCGGUGCUUCUGCAGGAGCACGCAAUAGAUAUCCUGUCGGUGGCCUUUUCACUGGGCUUGAAGUCGUGCCUGAACACUGGCCACCAGAUUCGAAAGGUUCUCCAGACAUUAGUGAUUCAGCAUGGCUAUUAAAUGUUCGGUCUACAAAUUAGUUCUCUUAUGUAUAUGGUAAUCUUAGGUCUUAAUAAUAAAGUGCAUCCAGCGGUACGAGAUUUUUACCACA